AUGCAGUCAGUCAGCGAAACAGAACAACAGUUGGCUUCUACUGACCUUCCGGGCGAUAAUAAUUUAUCAACAAAAUUUCAUAAUUCUCAUACACCGGAUGGUACGAAUACUAAUGCCGGAGACAACAAAGAAACAAGACACGUUAAUGGAAAAAUAGAUGAUGCUGAAAAGCCUAAAAAAACAUCGACGACAACAUCAUCGUUACAGAGCGAUACUUCAUCAGAUAAUAAUAUAAGUGAAGCUAAAAAUAAAACAUCGACUAGUGGUGGUGAUUCUGAUCAACAAGAUGUUAACGCAAGUCAAAAAGCACCAUCAACUGAUUCUAAACCGAAAACGACUAAUGGAGAGGAUAACAACACCACAUCAGAUAAACGAAAUGUUGUUGAAAACACUUCUUCAACAAAGCAAGAACAACCAUCGACAACCUCGUCAUCCGAUGUAGAAGCGAAAACAGAUAAUAGUGAUAAAGUGGCAACAAGUACUGAAUUAUCAACAACAAAUUCGAAAGCCGAAGAUGAAAAUUCUGAAAAAAAGAAACCUGCUGAUGAAACGAAAACAAGUAACGAAUCAACAACAAACAGUUCAAAAGCCGAAAAUGAAAGUUCAGAAAAGAACCAAGUCGCUGAUGAGAAGAACACAGUGCCUGAGUCAAAUACAACUAUCAGUUCGUUGGUCCUGCAGUUUGGCGGUGGAAUAAAAAACGCAGCAGCAACUGAAGAACAAAAGGAAAAAAUAUCAAAAGGCACAGAAGAAAGUAAAACCAAAGUAGAUAACAACACUCGUGCUAGUACUCGGCAAUCAAAACGAAAAAAACCAGCAGCAUCGUCUUCGCCUACAGAAGCUACUACAUCAACAAGUGAAACCAAAUCUCAAGAGGAUGAUGCUAUAGCACCAACGACGACAAAUGACGAACCAUCUCACCCAAAACGUUCACGUCAAGCAAAAACGAUUGCUAAAGAUGCCAUCACGGCGGCUGAGAAUAUAAAUUCGGCAUCGGGAAGUAGUAAUAAUGAGGAUGACGCACAAGAUACAACCGAUCAUGAUGUGGUUAUUAAUCAGAGUGACGACGAAGAUGAUGAAUAUAAUCAGAAGAAAAAAUCAACCAAAAUAAAAAGUCGUAAAACACCGUCGACAGCAGCAGGUGCUUCAAACACAAGUGCAACUCCAAGUCCAAAGAAACGUGGUGCAUCGUCAAACAAACCUAAAUCUUUAAAAAAUGCUAAAAAAUCUCGACGUUCAUCUCCAAAAAAACAACCGAAACCAACGGCUGAUUCUAAUCUUGAUCAAUCGACACCACCAACACCAUCGCCGAAAAAAGCAACAAACGCUCGUACAUCAACAACAAAACAAUCGAAAACAACUUCAUCAAAUAAUUCGACUCCAACUAAAAGUAACGAUGAAGCAUCUAGUAGUGGUGGUGAAUAUUUGCGAAAAUUAAGACCAAGAAAAUGA